AUUGGUGGCGCCGGAGAGGCGCCGCUAGUCUUUCGGUUGCUGGGCUGUGGUUGGCAUAAUGUAGGGGAAGCCAGCGUCGGUUUCGGGACGGAGGCGUCUUCCCUCGAGCGGCUUGAGCUGGCACCGCCCGCGCGUUUCGCACCGCCGGCAUGAGAAAGCGGAACGAGUCCGUCACCUUGGAGCAUGAGCGCUUCGCCUCCUCCGCUCCGGCACCAGCUGCCGCGUCUUCCUCCUCCUCCUCCUCCCAGCAGCCCGAUAAGGGCUUCAGCUUGAGACCGAGCCUGCGCCUGCCUGGUAGCUCCCGCCCUGCCGGCGACUCUGGCAUGAAGCGAACGCUCGGCAGGAGACAUGGAAUGUGGUUUCGAUUGCGGAAGGUAGUAAUCUGGUUGUUGGGAGUGUACAUAGCCAUUCCAUUUCUAGUAAAACUUUGUCCCGCUAUUCAGGCAAAGCUUGUCUUCCUAAAUUUUGUGAGAGUACCCUACUUCAUUGACUUGAAAAAGCCUCAGGACCAAGGUUUGAACCACACCUGUAACUACUACCUACAACCAGAAGAAGAUGUGACAAUUGGAGUCUGGCACACAGUUCCCACAGCUGUAUGGAAAGAUGCUCAAGGCAAGGACCAACUGUGGUAUGAGGAUGCUUUGGGUUCCAGCCACCCUGUGAUCCUUUACUUACAUGGAAAUGCAGGGACUAGAGGAGGGGAUCACCGUGUGGAACUUUACAAGGUUUUGAGUUCUCUUGGUUACCAUGUGGUCACAUUUGAUUAUCGAGGCUGGGGAGACUCAAUAGGCACUCCCUCAGAGAGUGGGAUGACCUAUGAUGCUCUUCAUGUUUUUGACUGGAUAAAAGCAAGAAGUGGAGACAAUCCAGUGUAUAUAUGGGGACACUCCUUGGGCACUGGAGUUGCAACCAAUCUUGUAAGGCGUCUUUGUGAGCGAGAAACUCCCCCUGAUGCCCUGAUAUUAGAGUCACCUUUUACGAACAUACGUGAAGAAGCAAAAAGCCAUCCUUUUUCAGUGAUUUAUAGAUAUUUCCCAGGAUUUGAUUGGUUCUUCCUUGAUCCCAUCACAUCGAGUGGAAUUAAGUUUGCAAAUGAUGAAAAUGUGAAGCAUAUUUCUUGCUCUCUGCUAAUUCUUCAUGCUGAAGAUGAUCCUGUAGUACCAUUUCAUCUUGGAAAAAAGCUAUACAACAUUGCUGCCCCAUCUCGGAGCUUCCGUGAUUACAAAGUACAGUUUGUUCCAUUUCACACAGACCUAGGCUACAGGCAUAAAUACAUCUACAAGAGCCCAGAACUACCUCGAAUAUUGCGGGAAUUCCUGGGGAAAUUGGGACAUGAGCAUCGUCACUGAGGACUAACUGCAUGGUUGACUUAAGUUGUCAUCUACAAGAAAAGGUCUGCCAUUCUUUUAAACCCAGACACUGAAUAAGUCACAGAUUCCUGCUUCAGUCUUAAUGCAUACACUUGGAAACCCAGCCUCUGGGGCAGUAGAGAUACGAAGAAAAGAAUGUCGCUGGCUUGUCUCUCUCCCUCUCCCCCCAAGCCUCUUCUAAAGAACAAGAGAACCAAACAAAUCAAAACAACUAAGUUUAAGCACAAGAAGGACUUGGCAAAAACCUUUCAGAAAUUAUGAACAUUCCUACAAGUGUCUGUUCGGCCGCAACAGCUUUUAGAACACAAAAAACCCUUGCACUCGGAAACGCAAAUGAACUGCAAUUGUCUUUAGAAAUGUAACUGCUAUUAAUAUUUCAGUGCUGCAUCUAGUUUACCUGAGUUGCAGGUUGCUCUUUUAAUAGAAUUUAGUUCAGUGAGGAGUUUCCCUACCCUUGUCAACUGCAGAGUUGCUGAAUAUGGUUGUUUGGUCCUGAAAUUCAUUUGAGAACUUUCAAAAGUUCAGGAUGCUUUCAAGAAAACAUUUCAGAAUCCAAUGAAGGAUUUCUCCUUUAAAAUGAGGCAACUAUUUAAUUGUGACUAAGCUUCUCUUUCUCUGUUGCCUUGCUUUGAAGUUUCUUAGUUGUCUCCUACAUAUAGAUAAUAUAUAAAAAUCUUUAUUAUACCUCAUAUACAGACGCAUCCUCUUUAAGAUUCUUUCUUCCUCUGACUUUGAGAUUCUUUCUUAUCUCCAGACCAUUUUAUUUAGAUGUACAGGUCCAAUGGGUGAUGUGAGAUGUAUUGAAUACAAAUUGCACCCUCAAAAGUUGUUUGAAAGACUCCUUCAGUAAAUAGAAGGUGUCUUUAUACUUUGUCUAGAAUGGGUGGAGAUUUUUUUUUCUGCUGUGAUGAAGAUGUCUUCCAGUCUCCUCUAGAGACAUAUAAGCACUUUGGGGAUGAGAAAAUUGGUAUCAUUUUUCAUAAUCAUGAUCCUUCAUACCCCUACAACCCUUCCAUUUCCUUAAAAAAUAACAAUACUCAGGUACAUUAAAGCUGGUCAAAAGUUUUCUGUAAGAGAAAUUACAUCAAAAUACUUUAACCUGAAGUUCUCAUCUGGUAAAUUAUGUUGGUUUUCAUUGGCAAUAAAACAUUUGCUCUGACUUUCCUUAACAGCAAAAUAUUAGCAAUUAUAUUUGAAAGCCCUAAUUUUUUUCAGACCAAGCAAAGGCAUUGGAAGUGAAAACAAAAUUCUUUUUUUGCAUAAAAUAUUUAGUUUGUUGUAUAUAUUUUAAUUAAAAGCUAGAGGUGUAUGAAAACUUCCUGACCAGCCUUGAAUGUUUCCUUCAGUUGGCACAUGCCAGGAACAAAUACUUAUUUUUCAUUUUUUUAGCUGUAGCAAAACAAUCCUGGCCUGAAUUGAAAUUUUAGCAGGCAGCACGAUAGUAAAUUAAUAGUAACAAAUGCUGAAUCUAAAAUUCAUAUUCCUUUCCCUUAUUGGCCUUGGCCUUAUAUACCUCAUGAUGAUUCGGUCUCAUUGUGGCUGCUGGAGUCCAUUUUUGAUGCGUAAAAAUUUGACACAUUUAGCCAUUAUGUUGAAUUUACAGAUUUUUUUUAAUGCAUUCAUCCAUAUUGAGAAGAAGACAGUAAAGACCACUUUAGUAAUCUUUUGGAGGUGUUUGAAGGGGAUGCUACAUAGUGCAAUACUAGACCUUAAGAGUCCUGAUGACUUGCAGUUCACCAUGGCUCUUAACUGAAAACUGCCAUUCCUUCCCCAUCUCACUCGUGUCAGGGCUUCUGUUUAAACCAGACGUGAGUUCAGCAUGGUCUUCUUCAGGAUUCUCAGUCCACCAUUCAUGCAGGCAUGGCAUGGCAGGCAAUUUGAGACAUUGUGAGUAGGAAUCAGAGGGCCAUGGGCAGUUUAGCUGUUGGGUCCUAGCAGCCUGAUUUACAGUAGCUCCAGGUUUUGUGUCAUUGGCCCUGACCUAUAUCAUUCCACAAACAUACAAGCAUUUGGCAUAGUAGUCUUAGAUAUUAGUGUUCAGAAGUGAAUUAUUCAGCCUGAAGUGUAUUAGAGAGCAGUGUUUGCUAAUAAUUGUCUGUAUAUGGGAUACUCUGGUUUUGCAUGCAUCAAAGAGUUGUAUUUUAGAGAUUAUCAUACUUCCAAAGCAGACAGUAGCUUGUUCUUUGCAGUGAGACUUUCUGCUGUAGUAAGAUCUACCAAGAUUUUGAUUCACCAUAACAUCUGAGCAAAUUGUGCCACAUAUACAAUCCCAUCUCUUCCCUCCUCCAUUCCAUGUGCUUUGGUUUACUACACUAACAAGGACAGAAACACUUAACUUUGCCUUUCUUGUCAAAGCAAACAGAAUGUUCCAUGUAACGCCGCUGCUGCUAUCGCCCACCUUAGUGUUGGUAAAAGUACAAACCAAUGUGGAAAUGGCACCUCUUCCCAUGCAACAAAAAUUAGAUUCCAGCGCAUGUUAUCAGUGCUGUUUAUUCCGAAACAUAUGUUCCAAUUAUUAGGCCAGUGAUACACAUUGAAAUGGAAAUGUUUAUCUAAAAAGUGUGUAGUUUUAAUAAAACAAAUUACUUAAGAA